GGAGGUGCCAUGUGGAGAACGCAGAACGGGUGUAUUGUGGCCCGAGCCCUGGUCCUGGCCACUUUGUGGCUGGCGGUGGCUGGCCGUCCUCUGGUUCGGCGAUCCCUGGCUCUGUCCAAUGAACAGCCACUCAUUCUCUAUGGCUGGGACAAGAGCACCCGCCUGCAGCACCUGUACGUCUCUGGUCCCCACAUCUCCAACUGCUUCCUGAAUAUCCGGAGCGAUGGCUCCGUGGACUGCGAGGAUGAACAAAGCGAACGAAAUUUGCUAGAGUUCCGCCCGGUCGCUCUGAAGACGAUUAGCAUCAAGGAUGUCAGCAGCGUGCGGUACCUCUGCAUGAGCGCGGACGGCAAGAUCCAGGGGCUGAUUCGUUACUCGGAGGAAGACUGCACCUUCAGUGAGAAUUUGAGCUAUAUAGGUUACAACCAGUACAGAUCCCCGAAUCACCACCUCUAUGUCAUCCUUUUGAGGAACAAACACAAGCAACAACAGCUCUCGGACAAAAAACCCUCAAACUUUCUCCCCAUGAUUUCCCGGAUCUUCAAAGCCAGAGAGGAGCGGGAGUCAAAAGUGUUACCUCUGACCCUGGAUUCUGACAGCAUGGAUCCAUUCAAGUCAGUGAAGGACAUGGAGAUAAAGAGUCCCAGCUUCCAGAAGUGAUGGGGUUCUGUCAGGAUGAAGAAUACCCCAGUGUCCCAUAAAUUUCCCCUUUAGGAAGAUGCACUAGAAGCUGUACAUAUUUUAAGUCUCAUAUUGACCAUGUGUGGUUUUAG